CGCGCAUGCGCCGCAGGGGGCGGGGCCGGGCUGGAGUUUUGGCGGGUGCCGCGGAGCGCGCGGCUGGCGAAAAUAGUUUUCCUUGAGGGGCUCUUGAAGGAAUCCUGGACAAAUCAUGGAUGCUGAUGAUGACUUGGAUCUGCUGGCCUCUCUCCUGGAAGAAAGUGAGGCCACUGAGGAGGGAGAUCUUCCUGAGGAGGAAGAUACCCCAGAGGAUGAGAGGGGAGAACCAGAUGAAUACGAUGAGCUCUUUGAUGCAGAAGAUGAUGCAUCUUACACUGAGGAUGUUGAUGCUGAGGACAGCUUGAUUGAUGAACAGAAGGAGAACCUGGCUACGCUGUUUGGAGAUGUGGAUGACCUGCUGGAAGAAGAGGAGGCAGAGGAAACUGCUCCCACUUCAUCUCCCAGUCAGACAAAAGAGAAGACCAACCAAGAACUGCAAGCUGAGCUGAGAAAAUUGCAAGAACAGAUGAAGACGUUACAGGAGCAGUUGCAGAAGACUGCUAUUGGGCAGCAAUCCAGUUCAGGCCCUGAGAAAAAAAACCCUGGUAAAUCUCCUUGUCCACCCUUAAAGGAAAGGAAGGUUCAGAAACUGCAAGAGUCACCGUGUUUCUCAGCCCAGCUGGGCAAUCCUUUACCACCAGCCAAACGAGGAAUCCAGAAAUCAAAAGCAUCCUCAGCAGAGAACAAGACUCCUCCUCAGCAAGUCCUCAGCCUGGCAUUCCAGCCUCUCAAGUCUGCUGCAGGGAACACACCCAAUAAGGUGACCAGAGGGAAGCCUCCUCACAUGCCUCCAAGCUCCAGUGCAACACCUGCUCAGCCAGUGUCUGUGGAAACCUUCUCAGGACUGAGAUUAAGAAAGCCCCGUGUGUCUUCAGCUGAGAUGGACAGGAAGAUGGCGAACAGGAAGCUCAUCCGACUGUCCCAACUGAAGAGCAAACUUGCUGCAGAAAAUCUGGAGGAAAUAGACUGGGUAACAUUUGGAGUCAUAGUGAAGAAGGUCACUCCUCAGAGUGCAAACAAUGGCAGAACCUUUAGUAUCUGGCGGCUGAACGACCUGCGGGAUCUCAGUCAGUGUGUCUCGCUCUUCCUGUUUGGUGAUGUCCACAAAGAGCACUGGAAGACAGACCAAGGCACAGUCAUUGGGCUGCUCAAUGCUAACCCUAUGAAACCUAAGGAAGGCUCUGAUGAGGUGUGUUUGUCUGUUGACCAUCCCCAGAAGAUCCUCCUCAUGGGUGAAGCUCUGGACAUGGGCACCUGCAAAGCCAGGAAGAAGAACGGUGAUCCUUGUGCACAGAUUGUGAACCUGAAUGACUGUGAAUAUUGUCAGUACCACAUCCAGUCCCAGUACAAGAAGCUGAGCUCGAGGCGGGCAGACCUGCAGUCCACCUUCUCCAGCGGCCGCCCGCCCAAGAAAGGUGGUCGGAAAAACCCCAGUCUGAAGGAGAGGCUGUGUCAGGAUGGGUUUUACUAUGGAGGUGUCUCUUCAGCAGCAUAUGCAGCCUCAGUUGCAGCAGCUGCAGGGCCGAAAAGGACCGUUCAAACCACUCUCUCCAAUCUGGUCGUGAGAGGAGCUGAUGCAAUUGUCCAGGAAACCAGGCAGAAAAUUGGUGCAGUAAAGAGACCCAUGCAAUGUUCUGAGGAAUUCAAGGAACUGCUGGCACAGCCAACUUUUGGGGCACGAAACCUCUGCAAACACUGGACCAAAGCAGAUGCUGAAAAGAAGCAAGGGGCCAGUUUCCAGUCUGUCUCUGCUUCAGCACUGCUCAAGCAACAGAAACAGAAGUUGCUGGAGGCCAGAAGAAAGCGAUCUGAAGAGAUUCAGCGGCGGUUCCUCCAGAACACAGGUAAAGCUGGGAGCCCUGCUGUCCCCUCCUCCUCCAGGCAGUCCUCGCUCCAUUCCCCAAUGCCUGGGGCAGAGUUUCCCAAAGCUGCAAAAAUGUCAACUCCUCAAAGGCCCAGGCUGGGCACAGGCUUCUCAGAAGGAGAAGAUAUCCUCUUCUUUGAUGGCACUCCACCUCCAACAUCAAAGCUAGAUGGCCUUGCAGAAGCCAAAAAGCUGGCUGCGAUCCACAGACUACGAGCAAACGGCCAGGUUCUUGCUAAAUCUGACCCAAACAGUGUCAAGAGGAAAAGAGCUAAUGUGGAUGGUGUCCUGGAAAUUGUGGAAAGAGUUGAGAAAAACAUUGCUCAGCCACAAGGCCCAGAAGCAGAGAAUGGUAUGGAUGAACUGGAGCCUGCACAAAAGAAACGGCGUGAGCAGCUGGCCUAUCUGGAGUCAGAAGAGUUCCAGAAGAUCCUGAAGGCCAAGUCCAAGCAUACAGAUGUCCUGAAAGAGGCUGAGGCUGAACUGCAGGAACAAUACUUUGAACCCUUGGUGAAAAAGGAAGAACUAGAAGAGAAGAUGAGGAGCAUUAAAGAAGUGAAAUGUCGAGUUGUGACGUGUAAAACGUGCAAUUACACCUAUUUCAAGCCCCUGGAGACGUGUGUGCAGCAUAACCACAACUACCACUGGCACGAUGCUACCAAGCGAUUCUUCAAAUGUCCUUGUGGCAGUCGAGCCCUUUCCCUGGCCAGGCUCCCCAAGAAGCCCUGCAGUACCUGUGGCCUCUUCAAGUGGGAGCGAGACGGGAUGCUGAAGGAGAGAAAAGGUCCCAAGAUUGGUGGAGAAACACUUUUACCAAGAGGGGAGGAACACCCCAAAUUUCUCAAUAGCCUUAAGUGACCUGGAGUUGAUUUUGGUUUCACAACAUCAGGAUGGAUUUCUUUGUCUGAAACACACACUUUGUUACUGGAAUGCCAAGAGGAUUCUGGUUUUAGGGAUGAAUGAGCAGCUGCUUUGAUUCCUGAUGAGGGGAGCAGCCACACAUUCUCCACCAAGCCACUACAUGGAUAUUCAGCUCUCAUCCUUUUAAAGCUGCCUGAAGGAGGCUGCAUGGGAACUGCAGAUUCCUGCCUGUCCUUACUUAGUAACAUCUUGUUUACAAGAUUUAACCUUGAAAAGAGACAUCAGAGUGGAAUUUGUACUGAGAAGUGCCUAGGGAUCCCACAAUGUAUGUUGAGUGGCUGAUGUCGAGUCACCUCACCAGGAUUAAGUGACAAUUCAUGAAGUGGGAGCACUGGAAGUUCCAUAAGCACUUGGGAGGUGAAUGCUGCAUAACUGCCAUCCUGCUGAGGCCUUUCAGCUCUUGGCCAAAACAGGCUGUGAGAAGGUUGCAGCCACACACCAGUCUUCAUUGGCUCCAAAAUUACUCUCUUUGAACCCUUAAGAACAGAUGUCAGACAGCUCCUGAGUUGUCUUCUCCUUGGCUUGUGUGUUAAGAAGCCCAUCAGCGGCUCUGGUGGGACAAGCCAGCAGUGCUCAUGCUGCAGCUGUUUCAAAGCCCUUUCUCCAUCCCACACCAGGUUCUCAGCACCUGGUUUUUACAGCUACAAACCUGCAGCUCCUGCUUUGAGAAGCAUUUUAAUGAAUCUGGCACCGUUUUGUGAGUGGUUUUAAAGAGCUGAGUGCUUACACUUCACAGCUUUUAGCCUUUUCAUGUCACUCUCUGGCACAGCUCUGUCAGCCUGGGGCAGCUGCCAUGGGGCCUGGAGCUGUCUGGCUGUGGGGAAGUGUCUUCAUACAGUCUUUUUCUUCUGAAAGCACAUUUCUAUAGGAGUGCCUGUGGCCUUGCCCACCAAUUCCUGGGCCCAGUCUGGCUGCUGCCCCUGGCUCUGCUCCAGGAGGAUCACGGGGUAUUUUUAAGCCUCUAAACCCACAGUGAUGUCAUACACCUGCCCUCACUAGUCCUGCAUGUCCCUGUUGCCUUCUCCAUACCUCUUUUAUUUGCUUGCAGAGGGGCUGGAAAAGAUCAAUAAUGUUUACCUCAGCAUUCUGCAGCCCUCUUGUGCUGGUGCUCUCACUGGGCAUCUUUGCUCAGCACGUUGCAUUUAUUUCAGUCUCCUGUGGAUGCCAUGUGGUGAGUGGGGUGUCACAGGCACAUGGCCAAAGGUGUAACUGUCCCCUGGCAGUCUGCUGGUGAUUCCUCAUUCAGAAUAAAUACAA